AUGCGGAGGGGUCUGGUAGAUAUAGUCCAGCUGAUCUUCAGUGCUGCUUUCCGUGCUGACAUUAACCAUGGUCAUGCUGCUCUUUCUGCUGCUGUUGAAACUCAUCCAAGCCAACUGGUUUUUUUAUGUUUUCCAGGUCUGGACUUUGUUCAGGGGCGCAUUGUUGGCGGAUAUACCCCCUCGCCAAAUUCAAUCAAAUACAUUGUGUCGUUACAGAGCUCGAAGGGCCAGCACUUCUGUGGUGGAUCUCUGGUCCAUAAGUCCUGGGUGCUCACAGCUGCCCAUUGCAAUAUUGGGAUGGAUCAGAUGAUGGUUGUGGCUGGAGACUAUACUUUAGGUGUUUAUGAGGGGACAGAGCAAUACUUCAAGCCUCUGUCGCUUAUUCCGCACCCUCGGUACAACAGGAGCACCAAUAAUGCAGAUAUUAUGCUCAUAAAGCUUAGUGCACCCAUAGAGCUCAACAGGUACGUGUCCCUCGCCCCGCUCCCCAAACAAAGCGCAGGGCUGUUGGCGGGUAAGAUGUGCCGGGUGUCUGGCUGGGGCUCCACCAGCCACAGCGGAGGUUUGACGCCCCUCACCCUUCGCACGGUCAAACUCCCCAUCGUCUCCAGCUCCAAGUGCAACAGCAGCAACUCCUUCAGCGGAAACAUCACAACAAACAUGAUCUGCGCUGGGUCCAGCUCAGGAGGAAAAGACGCAUGUAAGGGAGACUCCGGAGGACCGCUGGUGUGUGAUGGACGUGUCUAUGGUCUGGUCUCUUGGGGAAAUGGCUGUGGAGAUCCUAGGUUUCCCGGGGUUUACACGGCUGUGUCCAGGUUCCGCAGAUGGAUCGACCAGACCAUAUAUAGCCCAUAUUCACGAUGCCUUAAGUCAGCUGGUCUCUUCAGCAGGGAAGACUAAGUCAUUUUAAUUACCAAAUUUUCAGUGAUGAAUAUACACACAUCACAGAAAACUCUUAAUUUUUUGACAAUAUUAUUAGCACAUCUUAAAUGAUUCUUUGGUUUCAUGCCACAUCGUUCUGUUGUGGAAAUGUAUAUUUUAAUGCAUUAACCGAUAUAAUCUCAAAAUUAUAGCUGAAAUGAUACACUAUAAUCAGUUCAUGAAUAGUUACUAUCCUUUUUUUGGGGGGGGGCAGAACUGUGGAACAACAUUCAUUUAAAAAAAUAAAAUUGUAUAUCAUUUAGUGCUGUCAAACGAUUAAUCAU